GAAACAUGGACAGCCCCUUCAACGCAUUUUCGCUCUUAGAGCUAGAUGCUGAAGAUGAUAAAUUGCAGCCCGCCCCUGCCUCUGCUGCUUCCGGACUUGAUGUGUCCGCUAGCACUGCCACUGCCACUGCCACUUCAGGGAGAAGUGGUGAGUUGUUUUGUCCUGGGCCUGUUCCUAUAGCCACUUAGGUUGCACGUUCGCUGACUAUGGUUGGCGGUGAUGUCCUUCCUGAGGGUGUUGUGCUUGAGAAUCAUGAGAAGAGUGUAUUAAUGGCUAUGAAAACUGAGCUACUCGAGGUGGAGGAGCAUAUCAACUGUCUUCUAUCCAAAGUGGACUCGUGUUUGGGCCUCUCAUUGGGUAAAAGUGAGGAGAAAAUUAUUGGCCUUGAUGACAAAUUGUUGGUAGAAAAUGGAAAGUGUCUAUCAAAUCCAGUGACUCCUUCAGUAGAGUACAAGUUGCCCCUUGUGUGGAUUGACUUGGAAAUGACUGGUUUAAAUGUUGAAGUUGAUAGAAUCCUGGAGAUUGCUUGCAUUAUUACCGAUGGAAAACUAACCAAGACAUUGGAGGGUCCGGAUUUAGUCAUCCAUCAAAGCAAAGAGAAUUUAGAUAGGAUGGGUGAGUGGUGUCAAAACCAUCAUGCAGCUAGCGGGUUGACAAAGAAAGUUCUCCACAGCACAACUUGUGAAAAGGAAGCUGAGAAGCAGGUUAUGGAAUUUGUAAAGAGAAAUGUUGGUACAUACACACCCCUAUUGGCAGGAAAUUCUAUUUAUGUGGAUUUUCUAUUUCUCAAGAAAUACAUGCCAGAUUUGGCUGCUCUUUUCUCUCAUGUACUUGUCGAUGUUAGCAGUGUGAAAGCUUUAUGCAUGCGGUGGUAUCCUAGAGAUCAGAAGAAAGCUCCUUCAAAGGAAAAUAAACAUAGAGCCAUGGAUGAUAUCAGAGAAAGCAUAAUGGAACUUAAAUACUACAAGGAGAAUAUUUUCAAAGCAUCCAAAUCUAGGAAGUGACGCAAACGGGAAAUUGCUGCAGCUGGAUUCUUUUUAUGGAAAGUUUCAAUUUCAAAUUCCUUCAUCAUCACUAACUUUUCUCAAGAAGGGUUCCAGUCAGGUGUAAAUUCUUCGGCUUAUUGUUGGUUUUACAAUCUCAGAUUCUAAAUUGAUUUUGGAUUCAAACCAGACAUAUGGCAGUUCCAUGAUAAUUUAUGCAAAGCUACGGCCAUUUCAUGGGCUGUAUUUUGAUUU